CCCUCACUUUCAGGCUCUUGGCAAUCCACAACUCCAUCAGGCUCAGUUGUUGGGUUGGGAACUAACCCACGUUGCGAGCCAGUGUGGCGCCCCGGUCUAGGACUCCCUUGCCCAAAUGGUGGGUGGGCUGUCACAGAUCAAGGAGACCCAGGGCAAGCCUCACUUUCAGGCUCUUGGCAAUCUACAACUCCAUCAAGCUCAGUUGGUGGGUUGGGAACUACCCCACGUUGCGAGCUAGUGUGGCGCCCCGGUCUAGGACCCCUUUGCCCAAAUGGUGGGUGGGCUGUCACUGAUCAAGGAGACCCAGGGCAAGCCUCACUUUCAGGCUCUUGGCAAUCCACAACUCCAUCAGGCUCAGUUGUUGGGUUGGGAACUAACCCACGUUGCGAGCCAGUGUGGCGCCCCGGUCUAGGACCCCCUUGCCCAAAUGGUGGGUGGGCUGUCACAGAUCAAGGAGACCCAGGGCAAGCCUCACUUUCAGGCUCUUGGCAAUCUACAACUCCAUCAAGCUCAGUUGGUGGGUUGGGAACUAACCCACGUUGCGAGCUAGUGUGGCGCCCCGGUCUAGGACCCCUUUGCCCAAAUGGUGGGUGGGCUGUCACUGAUCAAGGAGACCCAGGGCAAGCCUCACUUUCAGGCUCUUGGCAAUCCACAACUCCAUCAGGCUCAGUUGUUGGGUUGGGAACUAACCCACGUUGCGAGCCAGUGUGGCGCCCCGGUCUAGGACCCCCUUGCCCAAAUGGUGGGUGGGCUGCCACAGAUCAAGGAGGUCCAGGGCAAGCCUCAGCUUCAGACUUGAAUAGUAAUAGACCUCCAAGUUCAGGCUGGGGAGAUAAUACUGGAUUAGCUUGGCCACCUAUUAAUCCAACUGUGUCAAGUAUUGAUGGUAAUAAUCCUCCAAGUCCAGGCUGGGGAGAUAAUACUGGAUUAACUUGGCCACCUAUUAAUGCAACUGUGUCAAGUCUUGACGGUAAUAGACCUCCAAGUUCAGGCUGGGGAGAUAAUACUGGAUUAACUUGGCCACCUAUUAAUGCAACUGUGUCAAGUAUUGAUGGUAAUAAUCCUCCAAGUCCAGGCUGGGGAGAUAAUACUGGAUUAACUUGGCCACCUAUUAAUCCAACUCAGUCAGGUAUUGAUGGUAAUAGACCUCCAAGUUCCGGCUGGGGAGAUAAUACUGGAUUAACUUGGCCACCUAUUAAUGCAACUGUGUCAAGUAUUGAUGGUAAUAAUCCUCCAAGUCCAGGCUGGGGAGAUAAUACUGGAUUAAAUUGGCCACCUAUUAAUCCAACUCAGUCAGGUAUUGAUGGUAAUAGACCUCCAAGUCCAGGCGUGGGAACCGGAACUGAUAUAACUUGGCCACCUAUUAAUCCAACUUGGACAAAUGCCCGUGAUGACAGAUUUGGAACUCCAAGCUGGGGUACUGGAUCUUAUAAUCCAUCUGAAGUAACUUGGCCUUCUGGGGCUUCUGACCCAUCUUGGCCAACACAACCUGGUUGGGAUAUAGCUACCCAACCACCUUGGCCAACAACAUCCGUGUAUGAUCCUCAUAUUUCAACUUUGAGACCUCGUUGCCCAGGUGGUGCCUGCAAUGGUGGUGCCUGGAUACGAAAUGAGACGCUUAUUGGUGAAUGGGGCUCACUGGUCAACGUUAUAGCCGACGCGAAGCUGAGAACGACAGAGUUGAUAAUUAAAUAUGGUUAUCCUGUGGAGACGCAUUUCGUCACCACCAAGGAUGGCUACGUGCUGUGUCUACAUCGCAUGCCACGUCUAGGUGGAUAUCCCAUACUGCUGGUCCAUGGCUUUAUGGCCAGCACGGCUACUUGGGUCCAGAUGGGUCCCAACAAUGGUCUGGCGUACAUACUAUUCGAGCAGGGUUACGAUGUCUGGAUGCUAAACACGCGUGGCAAUUUGUAUUCAAAGGCGCACAAAAAUCCCAACAUCAAUCAGAAGGAUUACUGGAAAUUCUCUUUUCAUGAAAUAGGCAUCUACGAUCUGCCCGGGGCCGUUGAUCUAAUUCUGAGCGUCACCAAACAGCCCAAGAUGCAAUACAUUGGACACUCACAGGGCAGCACAGCCUUCUUUGUGCUCUGCAGCGAGGUGCCUGGUUAUGCCGAGAAAUUUGAUCUCAUGCAGGCUCUAUCCCCAACGGUCUACAUGCAAAAUAGCGAGAGUCCCGUGUUGCGUUUCCUCUCCGUCUUCAGUGGUUCAUAUCAAGUGCUUGUUAAUCUUUUGGGAGGUUUUGAAAUCGCCAAGUCAAACACCUUGAUAACGCAGUUCCGUGAUCAUAUUUGCUCUGUCACUGUGGCGAACAGUGAGAUUUGUGCCAUGUUUGACUUUGUCACCUGCGGCUUUGGCUGGAGUCAACUGAACUCUACACUCACGCCUCUGGUGGUGGGACAUGCCUCGCAGGGCGCCUCCAGCAUGCAGAUCUAUCAUUACGCUCAGCAAAUCAAAACCAGCGGUUUCCAUCGCUUCGAUCAAGGCAGAAUGGUGAACCAAAUUGUCUACCAGAACCCGCAGGCACCGCAAUACAAUCUGUCCCGAGUCACCUGUAAGGUCGCCCUGCAGCACAGCCAACACGAUUGGAUGGCAACGAGGAACGAUGUGGAGAAUCUACGACUACGCCUGCCACGCGUUAUCGACACGCACAUGAUCGAACAUCGCGACUUCAGCCAUUAUGAUUUCACUAUAUCAAAGAAUGUUCGAAAAUUGGUCUACAGGCGUAUCGUAAAGCUCACGACGCAAAGAAUAGUAUGAGGCUAAAAGGCGAAUUACUAACUGGUGGUGGGUAAAUUAGCAUAUUUUGAAAUGUAAACUUGUAUAACAUAUUUAAAGCGGUUAUGGGUAUAUUUUAAAAAAACUAAAUGCAUAUUU